GAUGAUGAAGAUGAUUGCAGAAGCGGCUUAAAGGAGAUGGAGAUGAUUGCAGAAGGGGCGGAGAAGAACUGGGGCUGGGAUCAAGAAACGACGUCAUUUUUGGUUGGGACUCCAAUUUUUUUUGGGAGAAGAAAAGGAAGGAUUAGGUUGAUCAUCAUUAACUGUGUUUGAAAACCCAUGUCUCUGAGUCUUUAUUGUGGCGACAACGUCCGAGUCUUUAUUGUGGCGACAACGGUGGCGAGACAACCAAAGAUUGACAGUAAACGAGCUCCUUGUUUUGGAGACCUUGUCACCUUGUCAGAUAGGUCGGAGGUGUGUUUCAUGAGGGCCACCGCCAGAUCCUCCUCCGAAUCAAAGACGCUCACCAUCUUCCCUUCACUUUUCUCUAUCACCAUCCUUGUGUCUGCGACCGUCGCCUUCGUUCUGCACCCAAACCCCUUGAUUUCGUGUCGACAACAGAAGCCCUUCGAAAACCGCCAUGCUUGCAAGGGUUUUCAACGCUGUCGGCCUUGAGACCAAUGAAGCGUAGUACGAAAU